AUGGCCCCCUUCCGUGCUGAGCACAUGGGCUCGCUCCUGCGGCCUGAGAAGCUCCUUGAAGUUCGUGAGACCAUCCGCGAGAAGGGUAUCAGCCCCGAAGAUGCCGGGCUGCCUGCUGUUGAGAAGGAAACCGUCGGGGAGGUGGUCAAGUUGCAGCAGGAGCUCGGCCUCAAGGCCGUUACCAGUGGCGAGUACGUGCGCACUCGCUUCUGGGGUCUGAUGUGGGACGAGUUCGACGGAACGAUCCGCCUCCAGGAUGCCGAGGCCAGCAUGUUCCGCCUCUACCACCCCGACGUGGUUAGCCUGAUCGAGAACGACAGAAAGGUCAUGCCCGGCGAGUCGGUGAUUGCUGGGGGGAAGCUGUCCCACAACCCUAAGUCUUCCCUGUCAAACUUGCACGAGUUGAAGCUGGUCCAGGCCUUCGUGCCGAAGAGCGAAUGGGGCAAUAUCAAGCUCACCAUGAUCACUCCUGCAUGGUUCCACAUGAGGUACAAGCAAGGCCGCGCUUACACCAAGGAAGCCUAUGCCAACGACACUGAGUACUUCAAUGACGUUGCCAAGGUGUACAGCGCCGAGCUGGACAUGCUCUACAAGGCCGGCUUGAGGAACGUGCAAUUCGACGACCCCGGCUUGGCGUAUUUCUGCUCCGAGAAGUUCCGUCAGGGGUGGGCCGAAGAUCCCGACAAUAUCGGCCCUGUUGACGACUUGCUAACCGCGUAUAUCAAACUCUACAACGACAUCAUUGACAACUGCCCGGCAGACAUGCACACCGGCGUCCAUCUGUGUCGCGGCAAUUUCAUCGGCGGCCGCCACUUCGCCGAGGGCGCGUACGACAUCAUCGCCAAGACGCUCUUCACCGAGCUCCGCGUGAACACCUUCUACCUCGAGUACGACACCGAGAGGUCGGGCGGCUUCGAGCCACUCAAGUUCCUCCCCAAGGACAGGCACGUCGUCAUCGGAGCCAUCAGCACCAAGCUGCGCCAGCUGGAGGACAAGGAGGAGGUCAAGCAGCGCAUCUACAGCGCCGCCGACUCAAUCGCGGCGGGCAGCGGGCAGACGCGGGAGGAGGCGCUGAAGAGAGUCUCCAUCAGCCCCCAGUGCGGCUUCAGCACACACGAGAGCGGGUAUCCCCUCACGGAGGACGACGAGAGGAAGAAGCUGGCCCUCGUUAGGCAGAUCGCCGAUGAGAUCUGGGGAGAGCCGUAA